GGGAAGUGAAACCCCGUCUCUACUAAAAAUACAAAAAAUUAGCCAGGCGUAGUGGCGCGCGCCUAUAAUCCCAGCUACUCAGGAGGCUGGGGCAGGAGAACUGCUUGAACCUGGAAGGCAGAGGUUGCAGUGAGCUGAGAUCGCGCCACUGCACUCCAGCCUGGGUGACAAGAGUGAGACUCCGUCUCAAAAAAAAAAAAAAAAUCCUGACCACAUCCCCUCAGAUAUACUGAAAGGAGUCCACCAGGAAAUCUUAUAGUUGACCCCCGAAAUCCUGUCAGAAUCGUCUAGAAAUUAUGUCAGACUUCUCCCUCAGAGCCUGCCAGAAACUUUCCCCAAAAUCCUAUUACUCUCCCCAGAUCAGCAGAGCCACCUAGACUCGUGUCAGAGAUCCCCAGAAAUCCUGGCAGGUCCCCUCCCAAACCCAGUCGGACCUCAGAUUCCGUCAGAGAGCACAGAAGUCCAUCAAAGACACCCCAGAAACGGAGACCCCGAAAUGCACUCAGAGACCCCCGCAGAAAUCAAGACCCUCCAAAUCCAGCCAGAGACCCCCAGAAAUCCAGUCAGACCCCUACAGAAAUCAAGACUCCCAAAAUCCAGUCAGAGACCCCCAGAAAUCCAGUCAGAGACCCCCGCAGAAAUCAAGACCCCCAAAAUCCAGAGACCCCGAAUAAAUCAAGACCCCCAAAAUCCAGUCAGAGAACCCCCAGAAAUCCAAUCAGACCCCCGAAAUCCAGCCAGAGACCCCUGAAAUCCAGUCAGAGACCCCCACAGAUAUCAAAAUCCCCAAAAUCCAGCCAGACAUUCCCCAGAAAUCCAGUCAGAGACCCCCCCAAAAUCCUGUCAGAGCCCUUGAAAGCCCGCCAAGGCCCACACCACCCAGAGCUCCUGCCAGGGCCCCAUCCUGCUUCAGUGUCCCCGUCUCAGUCCCGUCAGACCCCCGAGAUCAACCAACACCCCCGGGGUCCCUCAGGACUCCAUCCCGAACCCACUCCGUGCGCCAGGGCCCAGCCAAGGCCAUCGACCCCCUUUGCACCCUGCAGGGUGUUCCAGACCCUGGAAGGGCCUCUCUUCAAAGACCCGUGUUUCCAGAACGGUGGCAGCGGGCUCACGUGGCUUGGGGAGAGCAGGCACUGGGGGAGCUGGGUGAGGACAGGCGAGCCCAGGCUUGACUGGUGGCCCCAAGGGGCGCCCGUGCCUGCUGUGAUGAUAGCAGCGCCCAGGUCUCUCUCUAGCCCCCAGAGUGCGGCCACUAAGGUGUUGGGUCGGCCUGGGUGGAAUGGAGGCAGGAUGGGGCCCCCCAAACUCCUGUCACUGCUGCAGGGACUGCCCAGAGCAGCUGCAAGUGGGGCUGGCAGGGAUGAGGAGGUGGCCUGGGCUUGGGGGACCAUGUACAUCCUGAGUUGGAACCCAGGGGAGCAGCAGGUUUGGGGCCAUGAUGAGGAGAGACCUAGGGGUUGCCCGACGGAGAGAAAAGGGACAGGAAGAGGCAGGAGCUUCAGAGACUACUCAAUGCCACUCUAGCCUGAGGGACUGGAACUUAGUCCGGGGGCAUUAGGGAGCCAUGGGAGGAUCGGGAGCAGGGGCAAGUCAGGAUCAAACUCCCAUGAGAAGCCAGCCGGCCAAAUCCAGGCUGAUGUGGCAAGAAUGGCAGCUGCCCAGGGCUGUGUGGGAGCCAGACACCGCCCCUCGCUUCCCGGAAGAGGCCACGUGAAGCCGAAGCAGGAUGCAGGAGGGCGUCCCAGGCAGAGACCUGGGCAUGGGAGCGGUCCGCAGCUCAGAGUGGCUGGAGCAUCAUGUGCGAUUUGGGGUGCUGAGGAGUGCUCGGGCCAGCUGGUCCUUUUCCCAUCCCUCCCCAUGAAGGAGGGAGGCUGGUAGCUUUGCCAGCAGCUGCGCCGCGGCAGGGGUGGCCCAUGGACCUGCCCGAGGGCCCGGUGGGUGGCCCCACUGCGGAAAGAAAGAGGUAACACCAACCCCAUUUUCCAGAGGAAGAAACUGAGGCCCAAGAGAAUGUACCUCCAGGAGCGGCCUGAGGAGGCAAGGCUGGGAAUGCCGGUCAGCUUGGAGGAGCAAAUACUCAACUCCACGUUCGAAGCUUGUGACCCUCAGAGGACAGGCACUGUGGCUGUGGCCCAGGUGCUAGCCUACCUGGAGGCUGUGACAGGCCAGGGCCCCCAGGAUGCACGCCUCCAAACAUUGGCCAACAGCCUGGACCCCAAUGGGGAGGGCCCUAAGGCCACUGUGGACUUGGACACUUUCCUGGUUGUCAUGCGUGACUGGAUUGCUGCCUGUCAACUACAUGGGGGAUUAGAGCCGGAAGAGGAGACCGCCUUCCAGGGAGCCCUGACCUCCCGGCAACUGCCAUCUGGAUGCCCAGAAGCUGAGGAGCCAGCCAACCUGGAGAGCUUCGGAGGCGAAGACCCCAGACCCGAGCUACAAGCCACAGCUGACCUGCUGAGCAGCCUGGAGGACCUGGAGCUCAGCAACCGACGUCUGGUUGGGGAGAAUGCCAAACUGCAGCGGAGCAUGGAGACAGCUGAGGAGGGGUCAGCACGCCUUGGGGAGGAGAUCUUGGCUCUGCGUAAGCAGCUUCACAGCACCCAGCAGGCCCUGCAGUUUGCCAAGGCCAUGGAUGAGGAGCUGGAGGACCUGAAGACUCUGGCCAGGAGCCUGGAGGAACAGAAUCGCAGCCUUCUGGCCCAAGCCCGGCAGGCGGAAAAGGAGCAGCAGCAUCUGGUGGCUGAGAUGGAGACUCUGCAGGAGGAGAACGGGAAGCUGCUUGCCGAGCGGGAUGGAGUGAAGAAGAGAAGUCAGGAGCUGGCCAUGGAGAAGGACACUUUGAAGCGGCAGCUCUUUGAGUGUGAACACCUCAUUUGCCAACGAGACACCAUCCUCUCUGAGCGCACUCGCCAUGUGGAGAGCCUGGCCCAGACCCUGGAAGAAUACAGAGUGACGACGCAGGAACUGAGGCUGGAGAUUUCACGACUGGAGGAGCAGCUGAGUCAGACCUAUGAGGGGCCCGAUGAGCUACCUGAAGGGGCCCAGCUGAGAAGAGUGGGCUGGACCCAGCUGCUACCCCCAUCGCUGGGCUUGGAGAUCAAGGCCAUUCGACAGAAACAGGAAGUGGCAACUGCUGAUCUCUCCAACCCUCUGUGUGGGCUGUGGCAGUGGGAGGAAGUCAUCCAUGAGACCAGUGAGGAAACUGAGUUUCCAUCUGAAGCCCCAGCUGGGGGACAGAGAAACUUCCAGGGAGAGCCAGCGCACCCUGAAGAAGGAAGGAAGGAGCCAUCCAUGUGGUUGACCAGAAGAGAGGAAGAGGAGGAUGCAGAGAGCCAGGUCACGGCUGAUCUCCCUAUCCCUCUAGGAGACCCUCGCCCUGGAGACAUCCCAGAAAACCCUCCAGAGAGCAGACCUGCGUGGCGGGAACUCCAGCAAGCCCUGGUGCCUGUGAUGAAAGAGCUGGUCCCAAUCAGGAGGAGGGCCUGGGGCCAGCUCUGCCUGCCCCCACAGCGGCUCAGAGUCACUCGACAUCCACUGAUCCCAGCUCCUGUCCUGGGCCUGCUGCUGCUGCUGCUGCUCUCUGUCCUGCUGCUUGGCCCGUCCCCACCUCCCACCUGGCCCCACCUCCAGCUCUGCUACCUCCAGCCCCCUCCAGUGUGAGAGGCUCCACUUGCCCCUCAGAGCAGUGUCUAGCUCAAUAAAUCCCCUGGCCCUCUCUCCACUGGGAUCCCCAUUGUUAGUCCACUGUUGCGCAGGCUUACCCUAGAUAGAGUACAGGGGAUCCACAUCCCUGUAUUUUUAUGUGAAGUCUCCUAGUUUUUUAAUGUUGACAUUUCUUAACAAUAGCAAAACUCCCCCAGUAAUGGAUUAAGCACUAAGGAUUAUUCCCUCACAAAACAAGCCUGGCGAGGGCAGCUGUGGGCACACAGCUAAGUCUCGGUUGCCUUGGGGUCAGGGCCUCAGUGAUUCUCCUGUCCCCUCCCUCAUGCUCAGGAGUUGGCAGUUGUAGCUUCCUACAUCACAUCUGCGGGAGACGGAAAUUUCUUCCUUCCUUUUUAUAAAGAGAGGCAGUAGCCUCAGUGUGCAGUGGGUAGAUUCAAAUCAUAUUCAUAAUAAAAGAGAAGCAGUUGCCUGCCCAGA